CAACCACCGACCGCUCUUCUCCUCAGAACAGCCUCCGCGCUGCUGGUUUGCGGUGCAGUGGGACGUUGGUUCGUAGUCGCGUUGGUGGUUUUCGUGUUGCGCGCUGGUGUUGGUGCUCGCUCCCUUGUCAUCGGCCGGGUUUGUUGUGCGUCGUCUGCUAUCGUGGAAAGUGGUUUGUGCUGACGUUGUCGUCUGCUCGCGGGAGACAGAAGGCGUCGGAUAUCGCGCACUGACAUCCCGACGUUGUUGCUUCGCGAGACAUGGCACGGCGGCGGCGGCCUGAUACAUCAACGACGGCUCUGUGCUGACACGACGCCGACAUGGAGUGUAAUAGUCCCGGGAGGCCGCCACUGAUGUCGGGGUGGCGGCCCUGGACCCCAAACUCGUCGGUGCUGUGUGCCGUCUUCCUUCUGCUCGCUGUUGGACAGUGUGUCGUCUGCAACGACUCUGGCUGCGACUGGGAUGGCAGCGGUCUUAGGUCCUCGGACGCCUCGUCGGCGAGGUCGUCGUCACAACGCUGGCUCAAGUCCCGGUCUGUGGUGCCCGUGUACCUGCGCUGCGACCAGGGUCGCGUCACCUGGAAGUACCCGCGAGGAGCCCUGCGCGUCCUGCUCCGCCUCGGCGGAACCGGAAACGGGGGCGCGAAGGACUUCCGGGCGUGCGUCAAGAUCGACGCCAAUUCGACUGGCGCCGCGGUCCACCUGGAGGGCCACCGCAAGCUCAUCCCUAUACAUAAGGGCCAAUCAGCGCCGCGCGUAGCAGACAGCGACGACGGCGAAGUGCGUCGCUGCUUCACCUCUUACAAGGGCCAGGUGGCGCUCUUUCUGGAGGCCACACCCGAGACCAAUCACCUGCUGAGCAGGGACACCUUCCGACUCUGGUACCACCUCACGCCGGUGAUGUCGCAGCGGGACCUCGACGACGAGUUGGCCGAAUGCAGACCAUGCACGGACAGGGAACUACUACACCACUACUGCUCCAGCGAUUUCGUUGCGGAAGGAGUGGUGGCUUCCCUGAGGCACAUGCAUCGGCGUGACGUCACCGAGAUAAUGGUGUCCGCAUCACGCGUCCACAGGGACUCCAUUGAGGAGCCCGCCUUCCUCCCCGGCAGCGACAGGAAAAUGGCGGCCAUGCUGCAGCGCCCCCUGAAGUGCGGCACCCGCGCCGGGCGCGGCCACUUCUUGUUCAUCGGCGUGCGCAUGCUGGGAAAGCCCACGAUGCGCUGCGCGCCCAGACUGCAGUACUGGAGGAAGCUUCGGGACCGUGCCACCAGAGACGGGACCAGCAUGUGCACCCUGCUCUGAUGAGUAGCGGAUCGUGCCAAAAGGAACCGAUGAAGUGCUUCGUCACUGUCUAUCUGACGCCACAUUGCAAGCUACUCGACUAGCCGGACCGAGCGCCUGUGGCGGUAGCUACUGGAGGUGUCGUCUGCUUCAAACAACGGUCUCCCGAUCACGGAGGCCUCUUUCCAACGAUACGGAUGUCGUAUCGUCCGGAUGUGUCGUCUGCUCCGCAGUGUCCACGACGAAAGCCUUCCGGAAAUGACGUGUGCUUUUCGAAUGUGACGUCUGCUUUCGCGAACGUUCGCAAAACAUAAGUCGUCUGCUUCAAGAACGCCCGCAACUGAGGCUUCCGGAUAUCACCCCUACACUAUCGAAAGCGUUUGAUCAAAGCCCACAGAAGGUGAACUACAGUGAACUAUAGUAAGUGAGCGAAAGAUUUUGGACGUGGCUUUGGCUUUUCCAACGGUUGAAGCUGUGGAAACCUUUAUGGCUUUAAACGUGGAGGAGGAAAGCCUGUGAAAGAAGAUGGCGCCUGCUGUUCCAGAAGCUUAGUGGUUUGUGGAACACCCGUUCGCCAUGAACGUUACAAAGCAGGACAGUGAACUGCGUGCAGCCGUGUCAUAAGUGCGUGCAUGAUUGUUGCGAUGGUUUGAAAGUUUAUGUAUACUGGAUGUAUUUACGUGCAUUAUAUAGGAAGGACAAUAUUGUUUUGCAAGAGCACUGGCAAAAAGUCAAAACGGCGAAGUUCUGUGUCUGUAUGGUUGCAGGAAUGGUACAACGUGUGGCCCUUCAGUUCUCCGUUCCGUACUGUAUUUCUCGGCUCAUAGCCUCCAGUAUUUUCAGUCUCUGUCCAUUCGCUCCGCGCGUGGCCUCAGUGAUCGGUGCGCCUCGGACGUCUGUGGAGUCUACACUCCGUGUUGCACAGUACCCACUGAUCCACUGCGGCGGCGCCACGAAAGUCUACCAGAAUUUUUCGAUUACUCGUCACAACCCUUGUUGUUGCUAGAGCACGGACAACUGCUUCGGGCUUCUCCUGCGCUUUGACGUGACCUAGCCAUAUCCCAUAAACAGAGGCCAUAUUCUGGGAAGGUGGCGCCCCCCUCAGUGAACAAUUGUUUCUCGCGUCAAAGUGCACGUGGCCUCCGCGAUCAGCUCCGGCAGCGCGCUUCCGGAGCUAAUCGUGGAGGUCACGCGGCACAGAUGUUGAAAAACAUACAGGAGGCUAUGCUUUGAUUUGAUGAUCGGCAGAACUGAACUAUCCGCCAAAUAGGCUCAUAACAAAAGCAUAAGUCGCCACUACUAAGCUUACUCUACAGUCAAGCUGAUUUUGCAAAUACAAUACUACUUUCUGCCAUACGUACUAUACCGAUGUAUCAGUGCCAAAGGUGCUACUGUCAACUGUUCCGGAGUGCCAGGUCUCACCUGCUCUUUUUUUUUUCGAAAAUAGCAGCACAGGUGAACACAAAAGUGCAAUGUCAGCGUGUAAAUAUAGUAACUAUACACGUUCUGCUGUAAAUAUUACCAGGUCAAGAGGCGAAAACACGAAGGUUAGAAAGGCAUGUACAGACGCGUGGAUGUACAGGAAAAUAUAUUUGGUUUUUGCUUGUUUUGUGGCAAUUUUUUAGCCUAUAAUUAUAACUUCGCGGCUUAGCAACGUUUUUGAUGAUCUCCCAUUGUUUUGCUGUACUAGAAAUGAAACGAAGGAAGUAGUUUGUGGAAAGCUUAAUGGAUUGUGUUUGGCUUCUCUCUAAAAUUGUACGCUUGUCGCUUACUGUGUUGAUUAACCGUGUGCACAGUUUUGUUUGAAUCGUGUAAUCGGGCCAACCUAAUAUUUUGUUUCGAUCGGAUCUAACAGGUCCAACUUGUCUGAUUGGGUGCCUGAUCUUUCGUCAUAGCACACGUAAGAGCAAGCAUUUGUCACCUCCAACUAUCCAGAGACAAAACAUAAUGCCUGCAUAUAACAAAAACUUGGCCCGAUAACGCUUGUUUUGCUUGUGUUGCCUUUGUAGAUACGGAAGACGAUGUACAGCGCUGUGUAUCAUAUUGUAGAUAGUCCAGAAUAAAGUACGUGUUGUUGCAGAA